GAUGUUAAUUUUAGUUGUGAGCCAAAAGCCACGUCAUCUGUUAUCAACCACCAGUUAUCACUGGCCCUGCAUUUUUUGUUCUUUAGUCUAAAAAUAACUAUGCCACAAACAAAUUUCUCCCAUAGAUGAUAGACCAAUAUAAAGCUGCAGCUUGGAAGUAAAUUUAGUCACUAGUAAUUAAACCUCAAUUCAGAAACAAUGGGACUGAGAGCUAUUCCCUUUACAGCUUCUCAAAAUGGUAUUAUGCCAAACUAUUUGGGUGGUUCAGAUCAAUAUUUCCCUAGUACUAUUCUUCCUAGCUCAAAACUUGUAUUCGCAGUUUCAGCAAAGGCAAAGAAAGAGGAUACAGAAGAACCCAAGGAAAAAAAGAAGCAAUCUUUGUUUUCAAGUGUAACAGAAGCUCUCGAUUUUUCUCAGGUUAGAUCAGCUAAAGACGCCGAGCUUAUCGAUGAAGCUAGAGAAGCUACUCAAUCUGGCGAGAGGAUGUCCAGAGAACAGUAUGGAGCUCUGAGAAGGAAGAUCGGCGGGACAUACAAAGAUUUCUUCAAGUCCUACGUUGAAGUAAAAGGGGAAUAUGUGGAGGAGGGAUGGGUAGACAAGACGUGCAAGGUUUGCAAGAAGGAUACGAGAGGAGAAGCACGGCAAGUGGACAAUUUUGGAAGAUAUGCACACGUGGCUUGCCUUGAGAAGUCCAAAUCUGGAAAUUUUUUCACCAACCUCUUCUCAAGAUGAAUUCUAUCGAGGACCACUUAGUACUAAUUAAUUCAUAUUUUAUUUUUGUUUGUAUCUUUGUGUUCAUGGAUACCUUUUAUAAACUCGUAAAAGUACAAAAACUUUUUUUUUGGUCGAAAUUUCCAAUAUCAUUAUUACAGCAUUCUCUUUGGCCAUUUUGUACUUCUUUCUCUUCGGAUGUUGAAGAAAAUGAAACUAGAAAGCAAAUUAGGAGUCA